AUGGUGCCGACCAAAGGGCCCAACAACAACGUCGCACAGGACCUUGACGACGUACCGCUGACUAUUCUAGCAAAGGAAAUGGCCAACAAAUCGGAAGAUAAGCCCCAAGCUAGAUAUCUUUCGUACGCAGGGAUUAAGAAGAUAGAGGAUGCUCCCACGUAUGCAGCGGAGACGCCCCGAAUUGCUCCAAAGUCUCGGUUUGGCGGGGGAGGGCUCAAUUCGAGCUCGCGGGAGCCUCAAAUAAGUAUUUAUGACGCACUACACGUGGACGGCCAAGAGAGUGUAAGCGAUAUUCGCGAUGGGGCCGGCUACAAACGUCCCAGUCGCUUUAAGAAAAUGCAGGAGGAAGCAGCACGAAAUGGCACCCCUAUGGUUAAGAGCCGGCUGCAGGACACAGAUUGGGACAAGGUUCCCAUUCCAAAGAAGAAAAAACAAGCACCUCAGGUGGACAAGUCUACACCGGAUGCAACUACGUCAAAAAGAAGUAGCAAUGAUUCGAAGCAUGCAGGGAAGGCGCACAACAAGCGUCGCAAGAAGAACUCGGGAUCAGCGAAGAAAACUUCUGGAUCGAGCUACUAUGGACCUCAAGGUUCACAGUCAGCAAAGUCGGACAAGUAUGACUCACCGUCGCGUAGACGACGUGGCCGAGAGCACAGCAGCUAUCGACGCGAUGAUGGUCGUCGGAGAAAGCGAUCACCGUCACCUCAUUCUAGAGACCGUGAUCGCUACGACUGGCGUGACGAUCGUAGGCGUCGAGGGUCAUCUCGCUCCAGGUCUCGCUCUUCCAGUCCUCGAAGUCGGGAUUACAGCAGUCGGCAUCGCCGCCGUUCACGCUCGAGGUCUUGGUCACGAGAGAAAUCGACUGAACGUGAUCAUCACAGGUCGGCUUCAACCAGCCGCGAUCGGGACCGCCAGACUAAUGGGACUCGGCGAUCGCGCUCUCCAGAUCUCCGUGACUCCAGCAAGAAGAAAGAGGCGACUGAUCGGGCAGAGUUGGAUGAGGUUUGCCAGAACGGUAAAAUCGGAGAUACUGAUCGACCCGCGAAGAAGCAGAAGACUUCUCACUCCACUGAAUCAUCUCCGUUACCAGGUGCCUUGACCUCGUUUGAUGACGAUGGCGACAAUAUGUUCAUCUCGGAUUCGGACGAUGAUGGAAAUGCUAUGCUAAAGGAAGCUGAAGAUAUUCGUUUCGACCUGGACAGCAUAUCCGCGGAUGAAGCUCUGAUGGCAAGGCAGGUGUAUGUGACGGGUGUAAACCCGACAGUGGUUGCCGAGCAGAUCGGGGAGGACUUUGCGCGCUUUGGUGUGGACAGGGAGACUGGAUUUCCUGCAAUUGACAUUUUUUCCUGCCAGCGGACUCAUUUGGGUCGUGGCGAUGCUUGUGUGACGUUUGACACGGAGAGGGGGGCGCUCGAAGCAGUGGAGGAACUCAACUCGAAAAAUGUCAAGAACUCGAUGAUUCGCGUGCGACGAAUGGAUGUCCGUACGCAGCGCAUUCUCACAGUGCAGUUUCAAACGGCACGUGAUACGUGGAAGUGUACGGGGACUAAAUGCCGCGCGGAUGUGAGCAUUUGGAAUGCCAAGUGUGACAAGUGCGGGCGGACGCGUGUGUAUGGGCCUAGCAACAUCAAGAUUGGAGCUGAAUCCUGGCUGUGUUCGCUUUGCUUUACAGCAAAUGAUUCGUUUGCUGCGAGCUGCCACGGCUGCAAGGAAUCAUUGCCGGAAGUAGACCGUUCGACGUUCUACAUGUCCUGA